AAAACCAAAAAAAAAAACAAAUUUGUAUGACGGCGCGUCAAGCUCCGAGCAUCAAUCAUCUGAUCCUCAUCUUCCUCGGUUCGCGUUUUUUCUUUUGAGUUUCUUCUUCAAAGCUGAGUUUACCUCUUUUUGCUUAUUCGAUUUGAGUUUCCGUUGCGAUGGUGGAGAGACGGAGGAGUCCUCUGGUUCUCUCAUCCACCAGAGCUACACUCCGUUCUGUCCUUCAACCCGACCAGAUUCCGGGCAGACCCGAUUCGAUACCGCGGACCGUAAAAUUGACAGCUGGCAUCCUCAAGUGGCGACGGGACGGAGUAAAUGAUUCAGAUUCUUCAAAGUUUGAUUCUUUUGAUGACUCAUCACUGGUUGGACUCUCCACUCAGAUGCUCAAGAGACUUUCCAUCAACUCUGGCUCUUUCGUUGUUAUCAACAACGUCGACAUAGGGAUUCAACGGCUUGCGCAAGUUGUUGUACUUGAUCCUCCUCCUCCCAAGACGACGUCGUUGGAAGAUGCAUCAUCUCUCACUAGCUUGGACUCUCUUCAUACAAUGCUUGUCUUUCCAACUUUUGAUACGAUGAGUCAACAGUUACUAAACCAAGAGGUUGCUUACUUGUCUCCUAUGUUAGCCUUUAAUCUGAGCUUGCACAUGUCCUGCUUGAAGUCUCUAGUCCAUAGAGGGGACAAGGUCUUAGAGAAGUAUUUCGUUGCUAAAUUCGAUGAGGAGUUGGAUGGGAAUGAAUCAAAGAUUAGUUUGGAUUUGGAGCCUGUUUCUGAAGUUCCAGCGUAUGCAUCACAUCUGAGGGUUUCUUUCGUUAAGAUACCUGAGUGUGGUACUAUUCAGUCACUGGUAGUUAAUUCUUCGUUUGAAGAUGAAGAGAGACAAGGGUUGAUAGAUUCCGCUUUGCAUAAGUAUUUUGGUACUGAUAGACAGCUGUCAAGAGGCGAUGUGUUUCGAGUUUAUAUUGAGUGGAAUUGUGGUUCAAGCAUUUGUAUUCCAUGUAGUCAAGGGUUAGGCUCCAGGAGCGAGGGAGACUUUAUCUAUUUCAAGGUCGUCGCGAUGGAACCUUCUAAUGAGAGGUUUCUUAGAGUUAAUCACUUCCAAACCGCUCUUGUACUUGGAGGAACGGUCUCUUCUGGUCUUCCACCGGAUUUGCUUGUUUCUAGUUCAGAGGUUAUUAUGCCUUUGCAGGUGGACACAGUAAAUGUAUUGGCAUCGGUGCUUUCCCCACCUCUCUGCCCAUCAGCACUCUCCUCAAAACUCAGGGUUGCUGUUUUACUCCAUGGCCUGCCAGGAUGCGGGAAGAGAACUGUUGUUAACUAUGUAGCUAGGAGGUUAGGCCUGCAUGUAGUUGAAUAUAGCUGCCACAGUUUAUUAGCAUCAUCCGAAAGGAAAACAUCUACUGCUUUGGCCCAGACUUUUAAUAUGGCACGAAGGUACGCACCAACAAUACUUCUGCUCCGCCAUUUCGAAGUUUUUAAAAAUCUGGGAUCUCAGGAUGGCUCACAGGGUGAUCGAGUUGGCGUGGCCUCUGAGAUUGCAUCGAUUAUUAGGGAACUCACUGAGCCAGUUUCUAAUGGUGAAUACAGUUCCAUGGAAGAAAACUCGAAUAGCAACUCCUCUGUAGAUGAAGGUGGGAAGUUUAGGGGACACCAGGUGCUGUUAAUCGCAUCUUCUGAAAGCACUGAAGGUCUCUCUCCGACAAUCAGGCGUUGCUUUAGCCAUGAGAUACGGAUGGGUUCUCUAAAUGACGAACAGAGAUCCGAAAUGCUGUCUCAGUCCCUCCAGGGUGUUUCUAAGCUUCUUAAUACCAGCUCCGAUGAAUUUGUGAAAGACUUGGUUGGGCAGACUUCUGGUUUCCUCCCUCGGGACUUGCGUGCUCUUGUAGCUGACACUGGUGCCAACUUAUUCAUGAGUAAAGAGUCCGAAACUGAGAAGGUUAAUUCUCUGUCGGGUGAUCUUCUUGGAGUUAAUGUAGACCACUCAAGACAAUUAGGUAACAGCAGUGAGACACCAACAGCUAAGGAUGACUUCACUAAAGCUUUGGACCGAUCAAAGAAGAGAAAUGCAUCAGCCCUUGGUGCUCCUAAGGUUCCGAACGUGAAAUGGGAUGAUGUUGGUGGGCUUGAGGAUGUGAAGAGUUCGAUAUUGGACACAGUUCAGUUACCUCUCCUGCAUAAAGAUUUAUUUUCAUCUGGACUACGUAAACGUUCUGGUGUGCUUCUCUAUGGCCCUCCAGGAACAGGGAAAACUUUACUGGCAAAAGCUGUGGCGACAGAAUGUUCCUUAAACUUCCUCAGUGUAAAAGGUCCAGAGUUGAUCAACAUGUAUAUUGGCGAGUCAGAGAAAAAUGUUCGAGAUAUAUUCGAAAAGGCGAGAUCAGCAAGGCCGUGUGUGAUCUUCUUUGAUGAGCUUGAUUCACUUGCUCCAGCACGAGGUGCAUCUGGUGAUUCAGGAGGAGUCAUGGAUCGAGUAGUCUCUCAGAUGCUUGCAGAGAUUGAUGGACUAAGCGAUUCUUCACAGGAUCUGUUUAUUAUAGGAGCAAGCAACAGACCUGACCUGAUUGAUCCAGCUCUUCUACGACCUGGCAGAUUCGACAAACUUCUUUAUGUUGGAGUCAACGCUGAUGCGUCUUAUAGAGAAAGGGUACUAAAAGCACUUACUCGGAAAUUUAAGUUAAGCGAAGAUGUAUCGCUUUAUUCAGUAGCAAAGAAGUGUCCGUCAACGUUCACUGGCGCUGAUAUGUAUGCAUUGUGUGCUGAUGCUUGGUUUCAGGCAGCUAAGCGAAAGGUGUUGAAUUCAGAUUCAGGUGAUGAUUCUCUUCCAGAAGACGAUCCAGACUCUGUUGUUGUAGAGUUUGUGGAUUUUAUAAAGGCGAUGGAUCAGCUUUCACCAUCACUCUCCAUAACUGAACUUAAGAAGUAUGAGGCGCUUCGAGACCAAUUCCAAGGCCGUUCCAACUAAAACUCCUCAGUCAUGACACAGAGCUGAAACUUUUGUUUUAUUUUAUGAUAUGGACACAAUAAUAAACACAUUAGCCUCUUUAUUAAGGUGAACAGAGUCAAAUCCUUAUGAACAUAUGAUUAGUUCUGUUAUAGAAAUUGGGUUUUGUUUACAUAUAUGUUUGUGUUAAUUUGUUUCCAUAGUGCGGACAAAUGGUUCAAUCCAAUGUAAUUAAUUUUAAAACUGAAUUUGGGUGAGAAUCCCAAUGGUAAACGAUUUGUUUUGGAUUAGUAAUAAUACAAAUCUGAGUUAGUG